UAAUAUGCAAAAAUUUGUCCGCAGCUAGUACAGGGCAAUAUACUUUAUGCACCUGCUUUGAAAGAGAGAACAGAAGAAACAAAGUGGUAUCUUUUAUACCCAGUUUAAACUCCUUUAUUGCAAGCCACAUCUAAUUUCAAUUCAUGUUAUGUUUCCAUGUUGCAUGCUGUGAAGAGACAUUCAUAAUAUGACUUAACAGAGUCCUUAACCAUAUCAAAAGUUACUGCACUUUCUUUUAAGAAUAAGGGUAAUUGGUUUUUAUUUACAGUAAUGUGUCCUGUCUUGCAGUUUGGUGAUGUUAUUCUAUGAUUUUCUUAUUGCAAACCAAUCCAAUGACAAGACCAAAACCAACACUGUGUUAGUUUGUCUCUCAAUACUUUCUGACUUUCCUACUUUGUAUGUGACUCUCUGUCACAAGCCCAUUGGUUCCUCCUGAAGGUGUAAAUCUUUAAAACCAGGGCACACAUAUAUAGUACACAGUUGGUGCUCUAUAAGAUAAGAAAUAAGAAGAAAAUGGGAAUACCAGCAGACGGCUUUAAUAUAUACUCUGAAAUUUGAUAUGGUGUGAAAGAAUAUUACGUUUGCUCUCGUGACCAGUAUACAAAAAAUAACCAGUUGAAUUUUAAGUGGAUAAACCACAUAACUUAUUAUUAUGAGGAACGUGAUCACACUUUCCUAUUAGGUUUAACACCGUGAGAGUGAUAGAAAGUCUCCUCUUUGUUAUUACACUACCUUGUUAGACAGAGCAGAGCCUUUAUUUUGUAUAUGGUUUGCAUAUGAAAAGUGAGAUGAAAAAAAUGCGGUUAAGAUAAGAGCGUUAUUGUUGGGUUUAUGCUGCCUUCCAGCACUCUUUCUCAGCGCAAUGAGGUCGUGGCUGCUGCUAGUGUCCCUGCUUGUCUCUGAUCUGUGUCCCCUCGGAGAUGGGGACUGGGUCAUGGAUUACUUUAGCUGGAGUUUGUGCAGAAAACUGUUUCUCAAUGGACAGAGGACUCCCAAAGGACUGGGGAUACUCGAGACCCACACUGAGCACCCCAGCAUGUGUAUCCACAGAAGUUGUGUGUAUGUUGCUGUGCAGCACAAACAGAAGACCUCCCCCUUUUGCUGGGAAUACACAGUCCAUGAGGACCAUGGACACAGGAGUGAUAUUCCACUACUGGUUGUUUUGUCUUUUCACAGAAAUGGAAAAAGUGUCGCAGCAUUUCUAGUGAAACCCGCUGUUACUAUAGCAGCGAUGCAUGUUAUUAAUGGAGCCACACUAACUAAGGCUGGUGCUGAAGCCAGUCAUAUAACCACGGAUAUAAUAAAAGAUCUCCCUGAUUCUAGGCCUUCACGGUUAGUGCAUCAUCACACAACUGCCUCGGGCCACAAAUUUCAUGCUUUCUUACUGGGGAAAUCUCAGAGCUGGGCACCUGCCACCAUUGUUCAACUGCAGAAAAUGCUGACGAAGAGUUGCAGUGUUGCUACAACUGUAAUUAUUCCCCGCUGUCUUAAAGAGGGUCAAACAAAAGCAGCAAUGACCAUCAGGGAAAUAUCUGAAAAACUGUUUGCAAAACCACAAAUGAGACUACAAGAGAGCAAAAAGCGAGCGAUGGACAUUAAAGUUCACAUGGACUAUCGUAGGCGACAUCCUGCAACAGCUUUAGUCAAACAACAUGACAUUCUCCCAGCUGCUACUCUGCACUCUGGCAGCUCUUCAGUGAAGGCUUCAGAUACAUCACAGUUAGAGAGACACGGAAAUAGAGCCAAUAUUAAGAAGAAAAAUGAACAUUUGACCUCGGAUGAAGAGUCCAUGUUGCAGAAAAAUGUUCAGAAGCAACUUUCUUUAAAAGCUGCAUCUACCAGCGUGAAUGAUGAUGGAUUUUAUCUUACAAGGCAGCUCUUGUUGGUACCCAGAGACAAGAAAGAAUCCAUAAAUGGACUGCGGUAUAAGAUAAGGGCUGCUCAGGAUCAUAACAAAGAAAGAUUCAAUGAAAAGAUAAUCACAAAACAAGCAGAGCUCAAGCAGCCAGAGGGACAAAGUGAAACCGGACGAUCGCAUACAAAUACUAUUGAAUAUAUCCUACGAGCAGACUCUACACAUAAAACACAAAAUAAUGAUGCUGGUCACAAACAACUGUUUACUGAGGUGGGAGAAGAGGUCUUAAUAAUGUCAUUGCUUCCAGACACAGAGACAGAGACACAAACAAAACCAUCAUGUGAAAUAAAACUUAUUUUGAAUGCUGACACUGGCUGGAAAACUAUAAAUACACCCAUAAACGAGCUCCACACAAUUAAAGUUAUAAAAGAAGGUUUUAUGAUUCAACCAGGUAAUUCAAAACACGCAUUUCCAUUAAAAAUCUUCACAACUGAUCCAAAAGAAAUACACACAAGCCCAGCAUCAGAAAUCACUACAACUACUACUGCGACUACAGCGUCUGCAUAUACAAAAGAAAAUAUAAAAGAAACCACAAGGACAAUAGAACAUCCACAAACUGAUGGUGUAACUCAUGAAAAUGUGGGCAUAAAUUAUACUGAACAAGAGGAAAAUAUGCCGUCUGAAGAUUCAGUCUUACCUUCACCACCUGCGCACAAAAUGAUAGAAGAUACAAAAGCAGAGACAACUGCAGUAAACACAGAGAUAAAACAGACAACACCAAUUAUGGAAGUCUUCAAAAUAAACGGCACACAGAAAGCAGACAGGCUGCUGCCAAAUACAGAGGAGACUCAAACAACCACAAUGAAUCCAGAACCUGAGACUGUCUACGAGCCCAGAUUCAUAAAAUAUAAACCAGGGAAUAUACAAGCUACGACUGCAAAGUCAUUCUCAGGCCUCAGGAUGAGAGAAGACAUCCUAGAAGAUCUAACCAGACUUCACGAAGGCAUAAAGGAUGAAGAAGGAGCAUACGUAUCCCCAGCUACAACAAACAGGCCAGGAACUAAAAGAAAAGAAGACCAAGAUGAUCCAAGAGACAAUAGAAGAGAAACAAUCCCCAACCAAGUGACAGAUAAUCUUCAAAAAGUAAGUGAAGUUUCAGACUUCUAUGAAAAUCUGUGUCAAAAUAAGAUAGAUACUGUGCUGUAUGUUGUUACUGGUAAAAAAAAAUACACAGAGUUUCAGAGGAAAUUAUAG